GGGACACACAUUCAGAGAAGAUGAAAGCAGCACAGAGAGGGAUCGAGGACAGGCAGGUACUCUAGAUUAAAAAAACAAAUACCAGAAUAAAAAGGUAAGUAAGGACAGUUGUUACACUGUCUUAGUUUAUCUCCAAAUUACCAUUUUUAUUUCAUUAGAAAACAAUCAAGAGUUCAUCAACCUUUAAAAGUCAUAUAAAGCACUGAGAUAUUGGGAUAUAAGUGAGCUAAAGCAGCCACCUGUGGCAUGUGGCACAUGCGAGACCCCUCUUGUGGUCUUUAUCCGUUGCCAAUGCUUAGUAGCUGACCCCUGCCAGGUGUGUAGUCUUUAGAUAAACCAGGAGAACAUAUAUUGAUUGUGCUUACACCACAUCAAGAGCCACUCAAGUCACUGGAAGGUGGAACUAUCAGAAUGAGGACAAUACAAGAAGGAGAUGAAAAUGAAGGGAAAGAGGAUGUCAUAGAAAUUGUGAGGAAGGAGAGCUCCAGCCGAAAUAUGAGAGAUUCUGUAGGACACGAGGACUUUGAAGAAUUUGUGUUGAAUUUUGAGGACUAUGAUCUCUGGGAAUCCAUCAAAAAUCAUCUUACCAAUCCAGAGGACGGCAACAAUUGUAAGUACCCCUGUCCAUUCUUAAUGGGGAAGGUUUAUUUUGGGCAUGAGGGUGUGAAACAAUGAAAGUUUAAGUUUUAUGGCAUUUGCUAAAUUAAAAAUUCCAAUGUUUAUGUAAAGCAUACUCAUUUAAUAUCAGUUAAUACACUUUGAGAAUAAAUACCAGUCUGUGAGUAUAAUAAACAUUUUAAUUAAUAUUUAUCAUUGUUCAAGGGUUUUCUUCCCAAGUAAGCUGUAUGCUUACUUAGCAAGCACCUGGGUUUAUUAUGUUUCUGGUGUAACCAGCACACAUGCGGGCUAGUUCCUGUAUUCUCUUGAGAAUAUUCCAAUAUUCCAUCCCACAGGUAAAGGAAUCUAAAGGCAAUGCACGUGAUGGGGACUGCUCCUAGCUUAAUGGAAAUUGUAGUCAAUGCAUGAAGUUCGUUUGCACAUACCAGCUUUAAGUUUCAUUUUACUCUGGGUAGGUGGCAGCUCAGAAGAACCACCCGCAUUACGCAGGCACAUCGUGUCUAAGAUCAGGGGGAGCCGAAAAGAAGCCACCACCGUCCCUCCAAACCUGAGCUGGACCAAGAAGCAGCAGGAUCAUGCACCCCAUGAAGUGAGUUUAUUGGCAACGUUAAUAAAACAGCAUUGGGACAUCUACCAAGGGCUGACCAUGAUAGGGUUCUGUAGAAUUGAGCCCAUUUCUUGGGGAAAACACAGGGCAGAACAAGCUCAGACCCUUCUUUCCAAAACGACAGACCGUUGCCAACUUAGCUCAUGCCAACUUGAUGUUUGUAAAAGAUAAAAUCCUUUAUCUUGAAAUUUAGAACAUGUACCACUCUACGUACCUAAUUUGUCAGUGUGCUCAGGUAUUUGAAUAACAAUUUUAUAAGCAAGAAUGUUUGACUGCUUAGUGCCUCAGUCAGUCCUAUGAGGUUUUUACGGUUUGAGUGGUCAAUAUCCGAGGCGCCAUGUACCUCUCUGUAAGGACCGCUUUGUGACAUGUCAUGUACAGUGCGCUAUGUCACGUGUAGGGCUCCCACACCUGGAGCUCUUACAAGGGCUCGAGUCUCAGUCAGGGACCUUAUUCUGAUUGAAAAUAUACCGGCAUGAUCUUCAUCUCUUUACAUUGGUUUGAUAGAGAAUAAAUCACUUUUUGUAAAAAAUGAGACAUAACUCAAAACACAUUAGGGUUUCCAGUAAACCAGAAGUUGCGAAAAAUGUGUGCUGUAAUUCUCAAUUCUCAGUUUAGUAAAUAACAUAAAAAUGUAUUUAUAGUAUUAUCCUAUUUAUGAAUUACAUUCACACUGUGUUCUCUCCGUCUGUAAAAUCCUAUACAAAUAAUGCUGUUAUAGAAAAUGACUAAGCACAGAAUGUCCUGUUGAUUGGGUUCACUAAUGAGUUUUUCAGCUCGAGCAGCAAAUUAUUAAAAUUGCCAGGAGUGCAUUUGUGACCCAGAUAGCUUCAGAGGCAUAACCCUCUCAAUAGCAAAUUAUUUCUGUAACAUGAGAAAGUGUAAAACUAGGAGAAAAAGGGUAAAAAAAGAAAAGAACAAUUUUAAUAUAUAUUUAAGACAUAAUAAAAUAAUAGCAGCAUUAAAGGACCACUAUAGUGCCAGGAAAACAAACUCGUUUUCCUGGCACUACAGGGUCGUUAGGUCCCCCCCACCCUCAGGGCCACCCUCCCGCUGGGCUGAAGGGGUUAAAACCCCUUCAGCCACUUACCUUUCUCCAGCACCGGGCUCCCUUGGGAGUGGUGACCUCUCCUCCCCUGCCGAUGUCAGAUCUGAAUGCGCAUGCACGGCAAGAGCCACGCACGCAUUCAACCGCCCAUAGGAAACCAUUACUCAAUUUUCACAUUGAGAAUUGCGGAAGCGCCUCUAGCAGCUGUCAGGGAGACAGCCACUAGAGGCUCGAUUAACCCUCAGUGAAACAUAGCAGUUUCUCUGAAACUGCUAUGUCUACAGCUGCAGGGUUAACCCUAGAUGGACCUGGCACCCAGACCACUUCAUUGAGCUGAAGUGGUCUGGGUGCCUAUAGUGGUCUUUUAAGUAUUAAUAGUCUACAUUGACAAUAUGCAGUUAUAUCAAAGAUAUUUAUAUACAAAGAGUUCUCUUCUAUGUAUUUCCCACUUAGAAAGUAGCACCACCUUAAUGAAGACUCAUUUUAACACCAAAUCAACAUUCAACAUUCUAAGAAGAAACUCAGCAUUCUAUGGAGACAUCUUUAUGACUCUUAAAAUCUAAAAAACUCCAAAAAAUCUAUAUAUACCAGUAAUAUCCCUUUGCUCCCAGGGAGCUCUCUAUUUGCAUCCCAAGUCAAUUUAGAUACAAGAGUGAAGGAGAGUUGACCACAAAUGAUGUGAUAAAUCUUCAGAAUACAGAAUGUGGGGUUAUGUAUAAAACGUGUUGGGUUCUGGAAAGUGGUGCGAUGUGCUAAAAGUGGGGCAGUCACCAUAGAAACCAGUAGGACCAACAUGCACAUUCCAUUGGUGGCUCCAACCCUUUUCUCUGACUGUACCCCAUUUCACAACGUGACAGCAAUUCAUGUCUUUAUAUCUGACUUUCUGCUGUAUUUUGUCAGGUCUUCGUCGAGUUGAACGAGUUGAUCUGUGAAGGUGUGCAAGAGAUGCACUGGAAGGAGACAGCUCGCUGGAUAAAAUUCGAGGAGGAUGUAGAGCGGGACACGUCUCGUUGGGGGAAACCUCACAUCGCAUCACUGUCAUUCCGCAGCCUUCUAGAGCUCCGAAAGACCAUUGCACAUGGUGCGUUGCAUGUUUAGCUGGGAGUCCAGGAAAUAAAUACAUAUAGAGAAAGAAAACUUAUAUAUAUAAAAAAAAAAAGUUUUUCGGAAUCGUGCACCAAAUAGUUUUUCUAUAUUUUCAGUAGUCUAUAUUUAAGUAUCUAUGGCAUAUUUUGAGUGUGACUUAUAAAUACAACAUAUUACAGUUAGAACCUUUCUUAUCCCUACCUUGUCUAAUUUCCUACUAUUGAAAUCAAUAUAUUAAAACAGUUUGAAAGUCUGUCCAAAAAUAUAAAGUCAUUUGAAAAGCUUAACCAAAAAUAUUAAAGGAUCACUAUAGGGUCAGGAACAUAAACAUGUAUUCCUGACCCUAUAGUGCUAAACCCACCAUUUAGGUGGCUUGCCCCCGUUAUCCCCCCUAUAAAAGUAUAAAACUCACCUCAUUUCCAGCGCCGUGCGAGUCCGCCGGCGCUGGCUCCGCCCCCUUUGUGACAUCAUCGAAAUGGCCGAUUUUUAGCCAAUCCAAUGCUUUCCCAUAGGAAAAUGCUGUUUUGGCCAAUCAGCCCCUCCUUAUAGAGAUGCAUUGAAUCAAUGCAUCUCUAUGAGGAAAAUUCAGCGUCUCCAUGCAGAGCGUGGAGAAGCUGAACAGCAGUGCUGCUUACUGUGCAGCCCUGAGCCAGGAAGCCUCUCCAGUGGCCAUCUCUGAAAAAUCAGUGUUUACAUGAAAAUGCCUGAAGGGAGCCAUUAUAGUCAUCAGAACAACUACAUUAAGCUGUAGUUGUUCUGGUGACUAUAGUGUCCCUUUAAAUUAAGCCAUAAUUGCUCAGUUAUAGCCCAGAGGGGUUACUAUAGCUAGUGAUAUAUGGGCGUCCUUUUUUCAGAACUGAUUGGUCAAUCUAAAUGAUUUAUUCAUUUAUUACAUAGACAACUGCUGCUAAUUCAUGUUGGCAGGCUGGCUACUGCACUGGGCAUUGCCCCUAUAUCUCAACCCUAAUCCUUGUUUUCCAGGAGCUGUCUUACUGGAUUUGGAGCAGACAACUAUGCCAGGAAUUGCUCAGAUGGUGGUGGAGACAAUGGCAAUUUCUGACCAGAUCAGGGCAAUAGAUCGGGCCAAUGUUCUGAGAUCCCUCUUGUUGAAGCACAGGUAAUUAUAUUCGGAGGUAGAUGAGGUGCUACAUGAUGAUCUAAGACGUCCAUGUGCAUAGAGACACAGUGAAAGGAGAGAGUUAGAAUGUUGAGGGAUCUAGAAAAAGUAAAGAAUACAAUAAAAUUCAUUUAAAGUUGAACAUUUUGUGGGAGCAGAAGUUUUUAAGUAAUUUUAUGAAUUGGGAGUGUGGUUGACAAUAGUUUUUCCUAUUGUAUGGAGAGUCAUAGACAGUUCCAUGACAUUUAAUCACUUUGUGAAAAUUCUCAAGGAAUAGCCAAUGUAUCUCCAGUAGGAGAAUUGUUACCAGUUUGCUCAGUUUGUUGCCAUUGACUGAUAUUGAAAGAACAUUUCUAACACAGUCAUGUUUAAAGGUUUAUCAUUCUCAAAGGACUAUGUGUCAAUCAUCUCCUAAACUGUCCUACUCUCAGCAAGUGGCAGAUAUUUAUUUGUUCAACCAUAACUAGGGAUGUUUGUUAUUCAAGGAAAUCUAACAAAAUACACGAUAUUAUAUUAGAAUGCACUAACUUGUUUAUAAACUUACUAUAAACAUUGUCAGAUUGCAUUGUUGGGCACUAGUGAUGUCCCGAACGGUUCGCAAACGGUUCGCCACGAACGGUUCGCCGUGGACUCAUCAUUGAGUAAACCCCCCCUCCCAGAUCCUCCCACCUCCUGGACAGCUCACUAAGAAUGCAGCUUCAAAAUGGAUGCUGUCCAGAAGGUGGCAGGGUCUGGGAGGGAGGGUCUGCUGCUGAUUGGCUGGAAUGUGUCUGCUGACUGUGAGGUACAGGGUCAAAGUUUACUCAAUGAUGAGUCCGUUCGGCAAACCGUUCGGGACAUCACUAUUGGGCACACCUCUCAACUAGGGGAGUUCUUCAGCCUUGCUUACCCAUCUCAGUUUGAGACCAGUCCACUAAUGACAGAAACAGGGCAUCAUGGUGCAGAGAGCUACAACUAAAGCUUUUGAAUGAGGCAGCUGUCGUAAAGUGAUGCAUGUCCCUUUAAAAGUUCAUCUUUUAAAAAUUUCCCCGGUAGGUGAUACAAUGCUUUAAUGUAAAUUUUUCUUCUCUAUACAAGUCAUCCGAAUGAUGGAAGAGAUGCUCACCACCCUCGUAACAAUUCCACCACCAGCGUUGGGAAUCAUGUCGUUACCAACAGUCCGACAAAAGACACCAACUCCCACAAUCCACAGGAUCCUGAAAACAAGCAGGUGAAGGGCUUAGAGGUGUUUAUUGAUGUGAAAUUAAAUACAGAAUGCUGACAUUCAACAUAACAUUAUAACCAUUCAAAUGUCUUAUGGUUGACAAGCUAAAUGUCAUUUAUUAGAAUGAUAGAUAGAUAGAUAGAUAGACAGACAUUGUAUUGUAUUCUACAAUGUUCUAUAAUGUAGAUUUACCAGCCUAUAACAAUUCAGAUAAUUUUUCUUGCUUUAUUUAUGACGAGGAGUACAGAGUUGGCAAAUGUUUGUUGUAUUUUAAGAAUGUUUUACAGUAAUUUCCAGCCCUUGUAUCAUUGUUACAUUUAUCAUUGUUUCCAGAAAACCAUAAAUGGUCCAGACGGACAUCGUAUCAAACACUGGAAACUCAUGGAAAAGAUUCCGGAAAAUGCAGAGGCCACGGUUGUUCUCGUGGGUUGGUAACAGUUGUGUUUUGUCUGAAGAAUAUUUUGCAUUGAUGUUUCUAUUUUUUUGUUUCCGUAUAACACAACUGGAUGUGAUAUAAUGAACUUGCCCAUUUAGUAUGCCUGCAAACUCACAGCAAAAGUGAUGCUCUUAUUUUCCAUCAAACAAUAAGGGGAAUUCACAGCUAAAUUUGAAGUAGUUACAUUUUCACAGAGACCUUGAACAAACGCAAGUUUAAGGUAAAAAACAAACAAAAAAAACAUUCAAACAUUUAUGGCACCCAAACCAAGCCUGUUAGUAAUUUGUAAACUCACUAAAGAGUUCUAAAAGAUGUGUCUAUAUUUAAUUGUAAAUAUUAAACAUGCAUUAUUAAACAAAAAGGGAUUGUUUUUUUUUUGCCCUUGGAGGCUAGUGCAAAGUAAACAAAAUCCCUUUUUACAAGCAAAACUUUCAGCUACAGAUACUGCAGCGGCUGGGCUAGUGUGCCGCUAUUCUAACCCCUCUUCCAUGAUUACUUUUAAAUAAACUGGCUGCAACUUCAUUCAUUUACUUUUUGCGUGUGUGAAUUUCUCACUGCAAUUUUCUUAACAAACACUAGAGGGUGUCUAGUCCCACAGUAAGUUGUGAGGUCAUGUAAGCUGACAUAAGUAGCAAUACAGUAUUUAGGCAGUGGUCAUGUCUGCAGUUUCCAAAACAGCUGAGUCACCAAAUGUGUUCCCUGAAUGUGAUGUUCGUUUUGCGCAGUGGUCAUGUCUUUAAAUAUUGUCUCUCCUGUGCAUUUUGCAGGUUGUGUGGAAUUCCUGGCCAAUCCAGCGAUGGCCUUUGUCCGCCUGAAUGAGGCUGUCCUGCUAGAAUCAGUCCUAGAGGUUCCGGUUCCUGUCCGUUUUCUCUUUGUAUUGCUAGGACCAAGUCAGUCAAACAUGGAUUACCACGAAAUUGGACGUUCCAUCUCCACACUCAUGUCAGACAAGGUGAGAAUGUCCAGUGGCAACGUAACAACAUUAUGGGCCCCCGGGCAAAGCAGUGCCUACACAACCAGUCACAGGAAUAAAAAUUUAAAUUAUCAAUAAAAUUACGCCAGGUGUGUACCUGGAGCAUUUGGCACCCAGGAAGGGUUAUUUUUUUUGCCUCACCCCCCCACCCCCAACUUUAAAUGUAAAAAGCAACCACAUUUUUUUUAAAAUGUAUUUAGCACUGAGCAGUGUUUGUGUGUUUGUAUGUAGUGUUGGCGUUUGAAUGCAAGUAUGCAUUUGUGUGUUGUGUGGUAUUUGAAUGCAGUGGUGUGGUUAUAUAUAAUGGUGGGGUUUGUAGUGUUGACGUUGAAAUGCAUGAGUGUAUUUGUGUGUAGUGUUGGCGAGAUUAUGAGAUGUAUGCACAUAUACACAUACACACACACACACACUGACACACAUGCAGACACAUAUAUACACAUGCAGACACAUAUACACACACAGUCACAAACAGAUACACAUUGACACACAUGCAGAAAUAGUGGCGACUCUAGGAACAACAUAACAAUAUAUAGGGGGGCCACAUAAGAUACCACAGUCAAAAUGGGAGGGAGAAGGGGGUGAGCACUAAAACUUUUCACUAGGCGAUGGGGUAAUGUGCUGCCAUUGACUGUCCGAGGGACUUCAGCGCUGGAAUCAGGUAAGUGAAAGAAGGGUUAUUUAGUUAUUUAACCCUUUACCUGUCACCGGGGGAAAACCUUUAGCGUUAGGAAUAGUUCUUUGUAUUCCUAACACUUAAGUUUUCCUUUAAAAAUUUACCAACUGUCAUUAUAAUCCUGUUCAGUCCAGGCACCAGCAGGGCAAACAUUGCAAUGGAGGAGAAUGACAAUUUUUUUAAAUCUUUGUUCACCAUUACAUACCAUUAUGUUGAAUGCCUGGAAGGGGCAGAACUUAUCACAAUGAUCAACAUUUUAUUUUUUAGGUUUUAAAAAUAUAUUUUUGUGAAAAAAAAGGGGAUGAAUAAAACAAACAAAAAAAUUAAAUACAAGAUCCAGGGAAGUGGCAGUACCACUUUAACAGUACCCUCUUUAUAUAGUUAGGUAUCCAGUCAGAAAUCAGUUUGUCAUUAUUUGCCUAGUGAUCUCUGCUCCAGUAUGUCUUGUUCUGCCUCCCCUGUCCUCUCCCAAGGCGCUUCGGAUUAUAUGUGCUGCGCAUGAAGAUUUGAGAAAUUUGCAACCGGACCAGCAACGAAACUCAACUUCUCCUCAAACAUGAAAACAAUCUAUGAUUUAGCACGGGUGAUUUUUUUAAAAUCUAAAUUUAUUGAUAUCAAUACAUUGAGUUCAAUAGAUCUGUGAUAUGAAAUGUAUAAAUAUAACUUCUUUUUUCCUACCUUAUUACUUCCAUGUGAGAAUGCCGUGCAAAGAACAAAGGAAAUUAAAAUAAAAUAAUGCUGUGAUAUCAACUAGGUGCGCGUCAAAGGCGUUAAUUUGAUAUAAUUAACUGAGUCACAUGAUUGCAGAAGGUAGAGAAAUAAAACAUUCAGGAUGAAUAGGACGUAUUCACCAAACACGUUCUUAGCUUUCAGAAAAGGAGAUUUCACGAUUCACAAAAGGGAGCAUUGACACUAUGUGAUUAUUAUCCCCCACAGAUGAACUAGGAUUUACUUUUUCAUUUAAUUCAUUUUAAUUACUGUUAUUUUACAUGCCCCGGAGAUGCAUUGGUUCCUAAGGAAAUGUUAGAAUGACUAGCAAUUACAGGACGAUUAGGUGAAAGUCACCGAUGUGGUGCAUCAGGAAUCAAUUUAUAGAUCUAUAGUGAUGUUAUUUUAAAGGGACACACUGCAGCACUGUGUUAGUACAAGGAGCCAUUGGGGAACAAAUGACACCACCCCUACUGUCACUGUACCCCUAAUCCCUUCCCCUCUAUCCAUGUGUCACUCUCUCCCCCUAGCCCCGUGUCACUCUGCCCCCCUAGCCCUGUGUCACUCUGCCUCCCUAGCCCUGUGUCACUAUGUCCCUCUGUCCCCUAGGCCUGUGUCACUGCCCUCACUCUGUGUCACUCUGUACCCCUGCCCUCUAGUACUGUUUCACUCAGCCCUCCUGCCCCCUAGUCCUUUGUCUCUGUCCCUCCCCUAGCCCUGUGUCACUCUGUCCCCCUAGCCCUGUGUCACUGUCUCCCUGCCCCCUAGCGGGUCACUGUCCCACUAACCCCCCACCACGGAGCCCUGUGUCACUCUGCCUCCUUAAUCUACUGCCCAAUAAUCCCUGUGUCACUCUGUACUCCCAAUACCCUGCCCCCCUAGCCCUGUGCCACUUUGUCUCGCAAGCCCUGCAUCAUUCUAUCUCCUUAAUCCCUUGUCUGCCAAGCCCUGUGCCACUUUGUCCCCCAAACCCCCAACCCCGCUAUCACUUUGUCACUCUACACCUCUAGCCCUGUAUCACUUUGCCCCAUAAUUCCCUGUAACUCUGUCCCCCAACCCUUUGUUACUCUAUCUCCCUUGUGUCAUUGUAAUGCCCCGUCUCUCUAGCCUUUUGUUCCCUUUGUUUAACUUAAAAAAUUGAAUUCCUGUUGAGCCGUAGGUGGAGUGCAUGGUCUGCACCUGUGGCUGGCGCAGACUGUUAUAUUUGCUGUCUCACGUUGUCUGUGCCCAGUUAUAGAGUCAAUGCACUGACACCGGGAUUCUUAGCCUGAACUUUGACUCAUAACAAGCACCAGACUGGAAGGAGGGGUCUGCACCAGUCAUAAGUACAGGACAUGCGUUUUACCACCGGGCCACCAGGGAAUUUAGCUCCCUCCAUACAAAAAAGUAAACAGGAGUAGAGGUAAAACAUCUUUUUAUUAUAUGAAUUAAACACCCACUACACACAGCCAACACAUGCACAUGAAACAUAUCACACACAAACCAAACACAGCCACCACUCAUUCCAUCACAUUAUUGUGAGGUUUAUUAUAGUGGAGCUCUAUGAUAGUGUUAUACAAAAUGCACAUUCAUUUUAUAGGUGUGGAGCUCUGUAAUAAUCUGCUAUGCACAUUACUGAUUUGUGAUACAUUCAAAAACCGCGUUUUUGUUUUUUGUUUUUUGCUGUGGAUCUCUGGGAUUAACUCAUACACAAAACACAAUACUGUGACUUGUAAUGCCCAGGAUCAAGGUAAAUGAGGAAAACCCAGUCCAAAACAAUACAACUCACAGUAUUGUGUGGCAUGAUUGAGAAGCAAAAUGCGCUAAAGCAAUUAUCGUUGUGUUUGUAAGUGGCGCCUCUGCAUACUUGAAGGGGGUGAUGGGGCGGCAAAAUGCACCUCCGUCUGUGUACCUAAAGAUUCUUGCUCCGACCCUGCGUGCGGUCGCGUCUGAUCCCUGACCCUCAAUGGUCCAAAGUGGGGGGGGGAGGGGAGGGGAAGAGCCCAAGACAAGCUGUGUAAUUGUUGGGUGAAGGAGCGGCCGUCCCCCUCACCUCACCCGAUACUGUAGGCCUCAGGAACAAUCAGCUUUGUGCGCCGAGAACCUGACUGCUCAGUCAGCCUAUUGGUGUUGUUCUGGUAAGUGAAUUAGGCAGGUCUGUAGAUGAAACUUAAGUGCAAUACCCCUGUAAUUUGCUUAUGUUUUAGUUUCCAUGCAGGAGCCCCUUCAGCACACGUCUGCCUCAGUUGGCUGUCAGGCCCCGCCACUUGCUCCCUUAACUUUUGAGGUUCAUUUCUGUAAUGUGAAUGGUUCAUUUUACUUACCUACUACUUUAUUUAUCUUUUGAAUUCAUGUCUCUGGCCUUAUGUUUCUAUUUUAUUGAUGGGUGAUAUGCUUUGAGGUAUGCUUUAGGGCUUAAAGGACCACUCUAGGCACCCAGACCACUUCAGCUUAAUGAAGUGGUCUGGGUGCCAGGUCCUUCUAGGGUUAACCCAUUUUUUCAUAAUUAUAGCAGUUUCAGAGAAACUGCUAUAAUUAUGAAUGGGUUAAGCCUUCCCUAAUCCUAGUGGCUGUCUCAUUGACAGUUACUAGAGCGCUGCUUCUCACUGUGAAAAUCACAGUGAGAGCACGCCAGCGCCCAUAGGAAAGUAUUGUAAAUGCUUUAUGAGACCGCUGAAUGCGCCAAGCAGCAGCGCGCGCAUUCAGCCCGGGCGUAACGGAGGCGGAGAGGAGGAGGAGAGCUCUCCGCCCAGCGCUGGAAAAAGGCAAGUUUUAACCCCUUUCCCCCUUCCAGAGCCGGGCGGGAGGGGGUCCCUGAGGGUGGGGGCACCCUCAGGGCACUAUAGUGCCAGGAAAACGAGUAUGUUUUCCUAGCACUAUAGUGGUCCUUUAAAUAUAAUGACAUAUACAUAACAUAUUUUGUUUCCUGUAGGAUCUAUUGAGCUUUUGGCUUUUUUUUCUUUGCACUUAGCUGAGGUAAGUUUUCAUUUUUUGGUGAGAUGGCAUCGGGGGGGAAUUUUGUAAAAUUUAGCACCUAGCAUGGAAACCAGGCAGUGAGAAGUAUUGUUAUCUCCCGUUAUCCAGUUUGAGAGAUGUUAAAACCUGUCGUCCACACUUGGUAAGAUUUCCUUGUAUGGAAACAGCUGCUAGUUACUAACAUUACCAGAACUUAUCUUAACGAUUAGCCAACUUUCAGUAAAAUUCUAUGACAACUUUGGAAAUUAGUCCUUAUUGAAUAACCCCAUAAUGUGUUAAUCCUUGGUAAUUCUUUCCAGUAAUAAUAUAUUAUAACCCUCUUGUGCCCUCUAAAGGUAUUUCACGAAGCCGCUUACAUGGCUGCCGAACGGCAAGACCUCCUGAACUCCAUUAACGAGUUUCUCGACUGUAGCAUGGUCCUGCCCCCAUGUGAAGUGCAGGGCAAAGAUUUACUGCGUUCCAUUGUCAGCUUCCAGAAGGAUUUAUUGAGAAAGCGGAAGGAGCGUGAACAACGGCGUUCUGCAAGGGAAAAAGCACCUCCAAAACUGACUGGACAUACGGCAGGUCUGGGAGCCAACAUUUUCAAAGUUGCAAUGUUGCUUUUUACUUCAGACAAAAAAUAUGACAAAGUCAUUCAUUAUAUUGUUGUUAGAUGGUAAUGAUUACCAUUAUUAUUUUUGUUGUUAGCAUUUCUAUAGGGCCAACAUUUUUCAGUUACACAAUGGCGAUAUUUAACAUCAAGUAACUGACAGACAAUAAUAAUGUUGACAGACACAAGAGGUGUGAAGGGCCCGAGUUAAACAAGCUUACUAUCUUCUAAAAGAUAGUAUUAACAAUUACCAGUGUUGUAUACUAUAAAUAUUUAGCAAAUUCGAAAACCAUCCAUGAAGUAGCUUGCGAUGCCUACUCAGUUAAAACCUUAAUAAUUCUGUUGUGUUGUCCUAUAGUAAUGCUUGUGUUUUGUUCGUCUCUGGAGCAGAACCAAGUUUAGAGAAACAAGAUAUUCAAGAUGAUGAUGAUGGGGAUAGUGAGUUGGAUCCACUGGAACGCUCUGGUUUUCUCUUUGGCGGUUUGAUUCAUGAUAUCCGACGACGUUAUGUUAACUACUGGAGCGACAUUAAGGACGGUCUAAACAGUCAAUGUCUUGCAGCCGCUCUCUUUAUCUACUUUGCUGCCCUCUCCCCUGCCAUCACCUUUGGAGGUCUCUUAGGUAAUUAUUAUAGCAGACUAUUUUCACUCACUCUCUACAAAUGUAGACAGGACAAGUCUUUAUAAGAAGACAUGACAGUGUGAAAUGUCGUAAAACCUCUUAACGAGACUUUCCCAUACAUGUUGAAUGAAGGACACCAAGAUUAUUCAUGACUGACAUGGCACUGACUGUGAAUUUAUUAUAAUUGGCCAGGGAACAGGAUAUUUUAGGUAAAAAUACGCCUGCUGGAAAUUAGGUCAGUUGGAGAGUUUUUUCCAAUUUAAUUAUUUCAGCCUAAAAUUUGCAUCAUCCUUGUAAAUUCUCUACAAUUGCUGUUUGGAUGAAUAAACAUGAAUAAUUACUUUCAAUAUGCCUAAUGGUAUCUGGCUGGUCGCAAGUGCUGUCAUUAUUAAUGCAAACUGGAUAUGGUGUACUGUACUAGGCAAAUGUAUUUUAUUUGUGUGCACUAAUUCAUAUAAUAUACCUGUGUGUUACAUUAAAUGGAAUGAAUGGAGAUAAAUUGAAAAUGAGCGUGAUGAGAUCUUAUUGGGCAGUUUGUGAAAUCAGUCUGUGUUUCUAUACCCCUUUUUUAAGGGGAGAAGACUCAGGGUCUUAUGGGGGUGUCGGAGCUGAUUGUGUGCACCUCGGUGUUGGGUGUGUUCUUCUCACUGCUUGCUGCACAGCCCCUCCUCAUCAUUGGGUUUUCUGGGCCUCUGCUUGUGUUUGAAGAGGCAUUUUUUAAGGUAAGAAAGCACAUGCUACAUUAUAAGCUAGGAUACCAAUUCACAUCCCAUGAAAAUAAUUUUCAAGAAUAGCAUAACGAUAUUAUGUUCACACCUGUCCUUGCAUUGUCUUUACACACAUCCCAUGAUUCCUCUUUCAGUUCUGCCAGGUUCAGGAUAUCGAAUAUCUGACUGGCCGCGUGUGGAUCGGAUUCUGGCUGAUCUUGUUUAUUCUGGUGAUGGUGGCGGCAGAGGGUAGCUUCCUUGUCCGUUACAUCUCCCCAUUCACACAGGAAAUCUUUGCCUUCCUCAUCUCUCUCAUCUUCAUCCAUGAGACAUUUUACAAACUCUAUAAGGUGGGAAGUGGACAUGGGUCUUGUACGUAAUGACUGAUACAUUGUACCCUUUGUAUGUUACCCCUGUAAGUAGUCACCUUCCAGAAGAGCUUAAUUUACAUGUUUUACUAAUAGCUGUAUUUUAAAUAUAAACUUUUACAACUCAGUGGAGGCAGGGGCUGUUUUUAUACAAAGAACUAGAUCGCUAGGUACAGUUAUAAGUACUAGAUUUUUUAUCUGGUCCAUCCAUGUAUGGAUAGAUAGAUAGAUAAUGGAUGGAUAGAUAGAUAGAUAGAUAGAUAGACGGAUAGAUAGAUGGAUAGAUAGGCCAUUUAACUCUGCUGAAAUGCUGGACCUGUUCAGGUUAACCCUAAUUUUUAUUUAGCAGAAUUGCAAUCUAUAAUGCUGUCUCCCAUGGUAAAUGAGAUUUAACCACAAAUUAAAAAACAAUCUCAACCAAACAAUGUGCUUGGGGGACUAUUGAGUUAUAAAUAGUUAAAUUAUGGCCAGGCUGUCCUGGGUCAUUAGUAGAUAGCUUCACGCCUAUUCACCUGACUGGUCCAGCUCAGAAAUACCAGGAAAAAAACCAUUGUAUGUUUUGUGUUUUUAUGGCCAUUGUUGUCGGAAUUCUAUUGCUUAAAUUAGGGAAUAACAGGGUACUUUGGUACCACCACACCUUCGUUUUCUCGGGAUAGUAUUUCUAAUGAAGUUUAUGGAAAUAAGAGACAAGGUUUUGCUUUUCUGUGCUAAUGGUGAGUUUAUUUCUGUAGCAAGCUGCUUCACAGGGUGACAUUAAGCAGGUAACGUCCCAGGAUGGAUGGUAACACAGUGUAACAAUAUUCACAGCACAGAGCUUUAAAUACAGAAUCAAUUACUCACACAGAUUACAUUACCGUGACGAUAUACUAACACGCGAAAAGCAUAUUACAGACCAUUUAUCACUGUGACGAGAUAAUAAUACACUAAAGGCAAAUUAUAGAGUAUGCUUUCACUGUGACGAAACUAUGUGGGAAAUCAGGUAGAAUUAGUUAAAGGGACACUAUAGACCCAGGUCUCUUAACCCUGCAAAUGUAAUUGUUGCAGUUUUUAAACUGACACUAAAGUUACCCUUUAAGUAGAGAUAUGACGUCACAGUAACAAACAUGAUUUUAUUUUAUUUUUUUAAUUCUUUAUUUAUAUCAAGAUUAAACACCACACCAAGAUAUGCAACAUAAUACAGAUGCGUACAUUAACUCUGACACAAGUCAACAUUAGUUAGAGACAAAUAGUUGCGCAUAUUAAUAGAACCAUCUUUGAACAAUAUAGCUAACUGUUGCUUGUUGACUAUCAGAGACAAACAUGAUUUUAAAUCAAAAAGUUGUAGAAUCAGUUAUUUUACAUAAGGAAAACAGGACAAAUAAGUUAGCUAAAAGAUUAUAUGAAAUUCAGUAAUAUUUAACAAAGAUCUGACCUAGAUAUGUGUUUAAUAUCUCUCUCUGAUAUUAUUGGUGACACACAACAAAUGUCCUUUUAUUAAUUUAUUUGGUACAACCUUAAUAAUCCUACUACAAUUACAAUCUCAUUAUCAGAAGCAACCACAACUACUCUCAUACACCUUAACUCUGCGUCCCAUAAUUGUCACUUAAUUUCACUAUAACUGCGUUUCCCUAAAUUGAUGGAAUCGGGAUGUUUUCCGUUUCUCUGCCUUAUUUACACAAUCAAGACUUUGUGGGAUAAAGAUAGUUUUUUCGUUUGCAUUGACUCCUCAGGUAUUCACAGAUCACCCCUUGCUCAGGAUAUACCCCUCGGGGGGAAGUCGAACUGCUGCUUUGGGACCCAGGAUGCAGCCAAACACAGCUCUGCUCUCUCUCAUCCUCAUGUCUGGAACGUUUCUCAUUGCCUUCUUCCUGCGCAAAUUCAAGAAUAGCCGUUUCCUUGGAGGGAAGGUUAGAGAUACAUAAAGUCACUGGGAUUUAUAGAUUGCUAGUUCUUCUCUUCUAUGUAUCACAAGCUUCUCCUGAGAGUCUUAACAAUCCCUGAUAGUGCGCAAGUAGACUGUGACUGUCUGUUUCCUUCAUACAUCUCUCUUUCUGUUGUUUUUCAGGCUCGACGAGUUAUCGGAGAUUUCGGGAUUCCCAUAUCAAUCCUAGUAAUGGUCUUAAUUGAUUACACCAUAACCGACACAUACACACAGGUAUCGUUUUCUACCAUUCUGAGAAUGACGUUUAGAACACUCACACAUUUGCUAUUACAGAGAAUGCUGUAAGCCUGCUGUUGUAAUGUUGAUUCCAUUGCUUUGUUCAAAACCUCGUUAGAACCCAGCCAGAACAGCAAACUAAAAUUUCUACACCGUACCAAUAGCGGGGGGGCCAGAAUUGGACAGAUUAGUCUGGAAAACUGAUUUCUGCAUUACGCUAUUCAACAUAAAGCCAAAUCCCCCCCAGCAGGACCCAAAAUGUUCUCUAGCCAUUGGAUGGUGCUAACGUAGCGCUGGCGAGAUGGAAUUCCAUGUGCCAUGGUCCGUCCAGGCUUGCAAUGGCUAGUAACAUUUAAGGCCUUGCUAGUAGACUAAAACUAGACAUUUUAAGCUCUAAUAAUAUGUUGUCCUGAAGAUUGAUUUGUACUGUAGUGUUUGUCCUAGAGAAGAUUGCAUAGGGUCAUUGGAUUUGUAAUUCAACAAACAGCUAAUGGAGCUGGUAAGCUACUUAUAGCCAGCGGCUGCAAUUCCUGUUAUCCUAAAUGGAUCUCCUGUUACUCCAGGAUUAUAGAGUCUCUAAUGGAAGAGUUAAUUUAUCUUUUAUCAUAUGAUUCAGGCGGUGGUUUAUCAUUUCACUUCUCGCCCCUGAUAGAAACUGAACGUGCCGUCGGGUCUCUCUGUGACCUCUCCCAGUAAACGUGGUUGGUUUAUCCACCCCCUGGGGUCCACCCGUCCGUUUCCCCUCUGGAUGAUGUUUGCCUCAGCAAUUCCAGCUCUCCUGGUUUUCAUUCUUAUCUUUAUGGAGACACAGAUCACCACGUGAGUGUGGCCCUAUCUUCGGUACAAGAGCCAGACCCUGCAACCUCGUUCAUUUCUGACCAUUCACAUGGAAACUUCAUGCUAGCCGAAAUCUCUAAAGUGACAAAUUUGAUGUUCAUUUUAUUUUAUUUUGGGGUAUAAUAAUAAACUUAACUUCCAUGUUUUUGGCAAAUUUAGACCUUCUGAGGGUUAUAUUUUUUUUUAACAGACACCAGAUUACUCCCAAAUUAACUUGGCACAUUCAGCAAACAUCUCAAAAAUAAUUUCUGAACUGCGUUAAAUUCGAAGCAUUGUAACAAUGCCCUGGUGCUGCCCAGCAUAAUCUGCCAGUGUUUUAGCACGGUCUGAGACUUUCCUUGGUCAAGGCAGACGUCCGCACUGGGUCUAGUCUUCCCAGAGCUCAUUCAUUGACUGAGUGUCAACUAGGUACUAUCAGCCUGUUAGUCUGUCAAUGACUGUCUGUCUUCAAUAAAUUGCCACUCAGCUGUUCCAGACCAAAGCAGCACAGGCUCCUGGCAGGACCCAGGGAAGUGUCAAACUAUCUCAAUGUGGAUUGACAGAUCACACUGCAUCGACGCCAGGAAACUUCUGGCACUAUAACUACUACAGUGAGCAAUAGUGAUUAUGAUGUGCUGAGCAUUCCUUGUGAAGUUCAAAGAUUUUAACAGAUUUCUGUAAUUCAAAAUCCAAACUGGAGAAUAAACCAGACUGUAUUUCUCUGUAGACAUUUGUAUCAUUGACUGUGCCUCCAAGUUACUUUGAUUUAAAGGUGCACUCUGGGCACCAUAAGAACUUCACUCUUACAUCAAACCUUUCUCAAAUGUUUAACCCAUACUUGAGCCUCCAGGUUCUAUUUCAACCACCCAUCAGGUGGCAUCCGGCUUCUGAAAUCUCAGUUUCAGGGAGUAUAGAGUGUCGCCGAAGAGGGGUGCCGCUGAUCAGCUGACACUCUAAAAUGGUGACUCUCCUUUCAUAACACUGGCUUGAAAAGAAAUGCAGCUUUUUCAAACCAGUUUUAUGAAUGGGAAGACACUGAUUGGCUGAGAGCGUCAAUAAGUGGUGCUCCUUCUCGGUGGCACAACACGCUGAGAUUUCAGAAGCCAGAUGCCACUUGGGAUUGUGAAGAUCGGCGCUGGAGGCUCUCUUAGGGGAUAACCCUUUGGGAUAAGAGUGCCUCCUAGCACCAUUCAUUUAGAUUAAGAGUUAUGGUGCCUAAACGGUCUCUUUAAUAUCUGCAAUUUUAGAUAAACUUCGGAGCUUAGUGAAUAAUUCUGCAAGUGUGAACCAUUAGUAUUUGUUCUGCUAUAGGCCGGAUAAUCUGCUAAUUCACAGAGAUGUCCAUUAUGUGAGUGCUGCAUAGUAACAUGUUCAUCUUUCUAUUUGUUUGCUGUCUGUGGACCAUCCUUAGUCUGAUUGUCAGCAGGAAGGAGAGAAGAUUACAGAAGGGAAGUGGCUUCCACUUGGACCUUCUGCUUAUCGGUUCCCUUGGUGGCGUGUGCGCUCUCUUUGGGCUGCCAUGGCUGACAGCGACCACUGUGCGCUCUGUUACCCACAUCAACGCACUGACUCUAAUGAGCAAAACCGCACCCGGAGAAAGGCCACGGAUUGCAGAGGUCAAAGAGCAGAGAGUAACUGGAGUACUGAUUGCAAUUCUUGUAGGUGAGAGUAAUUGGAGUACUGAUUGCAACUCUAGUAGGUGAGAGUAAUUGGAGUACUGAUUGCAACUCUAGUAGGUGAGAGUAAUUGGAGUACUGAUUGCAACUCUAGUAGGUGAGAGUAAUUGGAGUACUGAUUGUGACUCUAGUAGAUGAGAGUAACUGGAGUACUGAUUGCGACUCUAGUAGGUGAGAGUAAUUGGAGUACUGAUUGCGACUCUAGUAGGUGAGAGUAAUUGGAGUACUGAUUGCGACUCUAGUAGGUGAGAGUAAUUGGAGUACUGAUUGCAACUCUAGUAGGUGAGAGUAAUUGGAGUACUGAUUGCAACUCUAGUAGAUGAGAGUAACUGGAGUACUGAUUGCGACUCUAGUAGGUGAGAGUAAUUGGAGUACUGAUUGUGACUCUAGUAGAUGAGAGUAACUGAAGUACUGAUUGCGACUCUAGUAGGUGAGAGUAAUUGGAGUACUGAUUGUGACUCUAGUAGAUGAGAGUAACUGGAGUACUGAUUGCGACUCUAGUAGGUGAGAGUAAUUGGAGUACUGAUUGAACUGAGGUGAGAGUAAUUGGAGUACUGAUUGCGAGUACUGAUUGCGACUCUAGUAGGUGAGAGUAAUUGAAGUACUGAUUGCAACUCUAGUAGGUGAGAGUAAUUGAAGUACUGAUUGGUAUACUAGGCCGGAGUAAUUGGAGUAACAAUUGCAAUUAUACUAGAUGAGAGUAACUGGAGUACUUAUUGCGACUCUAGUACUGAAGUGUACUGAUGGCAACUCUAAUAGUUGAGAGUAUUUGGAGUACUAAUUGCGACUCUAGUAGGUGAGAGUAAGUGGAGUACUGAUUGCGACUCUAGUAGAUGAGAGUAACUGGAGUACUGAUUGCGACUCUAGUAGGUGAGAGUAAUUGGAGUACUGAUUGUGACUCUAGUAGAUGAGAGUAACUGGAGUACUAAUUGCGACUCUAGUAGGUGAGAGUAAGUGGAGUACUGAUUGUGACUCUAGUAGAUGAGAGUAACUGGAGUACUGAUUGCGACUCUAGUAGGUGAGAGUAAUUGGAGUACUGAUUGCGACUCUAGUAGGUGAGAGUAAUUGAAGUACUGAUUGAAAGUAUACUAGGCCGGAGUAAUUGGAGUAACAAUUGCAAUUAUACUAGAUGAGAGUAACUGGAGUACUUAUUGCGACUCUAGUAGGUAAGAUUAACUGAAGUACUCUAGUAGGUGAGAGUAAUUGGAGUACUGAUGGCAACUCUAAUAGUUGAGAGUAUUUGGAGUACUAAUUGCGACUCUAGUAGGUGAGAGUAAGUGGAGUACUGUUUGCAACUAUUGUAGGUGAGAGUAAUUGGAGUACUGAUUGCGACUCUAGUAGGUGAGAGUAAUUGAAGUACUGAUUGAAAGUAUACUAGGCCGGAGUAAUUGGAGUAACAAUUGCAAUUAUACUAGAAGAGAGUAACAGGAGUUCUGAUUGUAACUCUAGUAGGUGAGAUUUUCCGCAGUGCUAAAUGCUUAGUUCUCCAAGAUGUACAGAUAAGUUCAAGUCACAAGUUUUUUAGAAUGUAAGCUUUUUUGAUCAGGGCCCUCAACACCCUCUGUUCCUGCGCAUCAAACUCGUCUUGUUGCAAAUACAAGUCUGUUAGUCCACCUAUUGUACAGCGCUACAGAAUUUGUUGGCGCUUUAUAAAUAAUAAUAAAAAUAGAGAAACAAGAGGUAGUGAGGCCUCAAAUGAGCUGACAAUAUAAACUGACUACUUAUUGAAAUUCAGAGUAACGUAGACGCCAGCUUAGAUGGAAUUAUAAGUGUUUGACAGUUGUUUACAUACGGCUUGUGUUUUGCAUUCCAUUCACUUUCAUUAUGUUUACACAACCAAUUCACAGUCAUUCAUCUUUCACUGCUUUGAUGCAGACAGUAGAAUUUCUGGUCUGUUUAGUUUCAUGUCUUCUCUUAUAUAGAUUUAGGACAUUGCUGCUAUUACUGAAAACACCUUUACAGGUGGCAAAAGCAAAACGUAGCCUUUUAGUUAACUAGGAUUCCCAUCAUCCCCACUCAUGUACUUAACCAGGACACCCAUCAUCCUCACAAAGCAGAGUUAGAAUCGGUAAAUUACUAGCUAAGCUGCCUGAAAUUGGCAUCCUGGUUGAAAAUGAUCAUUUUCUACAUCAUUUAUUUUAUAAAGUACUCUGCAAUGGUUAUGUAGAGAACGAAAACACGAUUUCAGGAUAUUCCCUGGCGGCCUGGCCCAUCCCUGGCAAUUCUCUGUUUAGUAAAUAACCAGGAAUGUCUGGAUAUGAUGCAGAUUUUUUUUACCAAUCACAAAAUUGCAAAAUAAAAUGGUUCUAUAAAACCGAAUGGCAAAAUAAAAUGGUUCUAUUAAACCGAAUGGCAAAAUAAAAUGGUUCUAUAUUGUUAGGAACACAACUAUGUAUCCACCCCCUUCCUCCCCACUCCGCCUGGCAUGUAAAAGGUUAAAAACCCUUUGUUCUAUUACCUGAGUCAGUGCCGAUGUCCCUUGGAGCUGGGUCAGCGCUCUGCCUCCUUCAGCGUCAUUUGCUGGGGGACUCAAUGCACAUGCGUGGUAAGCACUGGGAGUACAUUAGGCCCUCCUCAUCGGAAAACAUUGACUCAAUGCUUUCCUAUGGGGAGUUUACUGGUGCUGGCUGUCCUCAUGGAGGGCGUGAGGACGUCUAGCGUCAGAUGACCCAGAGUCCAUUAAACUCCCAUCUGGUAGAAAGGUGCUGGAGGCUGUCUUUGUCCUGUCUAAAACAAUAUUAUUUUACAUUGCAGGACUAAAGGGGACAGGGACACUUCACCCAGAUCACUAUAAUGAGAUGAAGGGGUGUGGGUGCCUAUAUUGUCCUUUAAUCCUAAAAUUGGCAAACUAUUAUAAUAAUUUUUCCAAACCAUACAUUUUUGCCUAUAUUUUGCAAUUUGGUCUACAAUUUACUACCCAAACUGCCAUCAGAAAUUCAGACCCCCGAGUCUGCACACAAGGAUAAGUAUAUAUGGCUGAAGUGUGUAUAGUGGAUGCAGAGUGUGUGUAUAUUGAAUGCAGUGUGUGUUUGUGUAGUGAGUGCAGUUCGUGCAGUGAAUUCAGAGUCUGUGUUUGUGUAGUGGAUACAGUGUGUGUUUGUGUAGUGAAUGCAGUGCGUGUGUUUGUGUAGUAGAUGCAGUGUGUAGUGAAUGCAGUGUCUAUGUAGUGGAUGCAGUGUGUAUAGUGAAUGCAGUGUGUAUGUAGUAGGUGCAGUAUGUGUGUUUGUGUAGUGGAUGCCGUGUGUGUAUUUGUUUAGUGGAUGCAGUGUGUCUGUGAUUUUGUAGAGGAUGCAGUCGCUUGGUCAAAAAUUUUAAAUUCCCUUUCUAAUUCAGGAAAAAUACAUUGAGAUUUCAAUCAUUUUCAAGUAUCAAGUAUGUCUCAUUUCCAUAGCUAGAAAAAAAAAAAGACUUUUUCACAUUGAAAUCAGUCAAUCAGAAUGCAGUAUUUUUUCUUGAUGAAUUAUGGUGAAUUUUUGCUCAAUACAAUGGUUUGUAGGUAUGGGAAAACAUGCUUGGGUAAACAUACAUAAAUAAGGAGCAGUCAGCAUGGAAGCCAAUGGAAUGGUCCUGACAUUGAGCACAUAGUUCCAGAAUAGCCCAUAAUACGCCUGGCCCAUUUUUCCGUGACACUAACCUUUGUUCUGUAGACAUUGUGCUGAACUGUGUUCUUUGUUUCGGUCACAGGGCUUUCGAUAGUGAUGGAGGAAAUGUUGCGUCAGAUCCCGCUGGCCGUACUCUUUGGGAUAUUUCUCUACAUGGGCGUGACGUCCCUGACUGGGAUCCAACUCUUCGAGAGACUUCUCCUCAUUCUCAUGCACCCCAAACAUCACCCAGAUCACCCCUAUGUGGUCAAAGUGAGCAGGGAUCAAUAUUUGUACAUUCUUAACGCAUCACGAAGCUGUGUUUAGCCAUUUUAUAUAAACAUGACGGACAUACAUGACUGUAUACAUCUAUGUCAGAGAGAGAACGAUCCCAUAUGUACAUAAGCAAUAAUCUAUUAUUUAUAUAGCUGUGCCUGGGGAUUACAAUCUAAAGUGCUGGAGCCGCAGUUUGGUAAACAUUUAAAUGCCUGUUUAAAAGAAGCUCUAUUGGAUCAGCUGUACAUUAAACAUAUAAUAAUAGCUGCAUUACAAAGAUGAGUGUAAACAUCACUGCGGCGCGAGUCGAUAUCUGACUUGCAAAACUUACCCUAAAACAGCCAGAUUGGGCACAAAUUCCCAACUCUGAUGAAUGUGAAUACCCCUGAUUAUAUCAUUUGAAAUAACUCUGUCAAUAUCUGAUGGAAAUUGUCAUUGUCUAAAAAUCCAAGUUGUAGUAUUCCCUACUUUGUCUUGUGGAAUUUUUGGAUUAUGUUAGAAUUUUAAUAAAACCCAACGCAGUCAGCACCAUUAUUAAAUACCAAGAACUGCCAGAGCUGCUUUAUCUGCGGAUGGUGUAGCCCAGGAGCAUCAUGGGAGAUGUAGUCCAAAACAUCUUGAGUGCUGAAGGUUGCCUACUCAUGUUGUAGCCUCAUGUAUCAUUCUAAUUGUAUGUGGUUUCUUACAAGCAUUUUUAUGUUUGUAAGAAAUGUUUGCGAGGCCCUAUGCUAGCUUUUACACAUUUACAGUGUGAUUUGUGCUUGAAUAUUUUUCAGAUGCUAAUUAUAUGUUCCUGAUAAAUACAAUAUUGUUUACUGCACUUCAUCUUUAAAUAUGUAGACUUGAUAGAUUCUGUUGCACAUGAGAAGCUCAAUCUGUUUUUCUUUAUCUGAGGAUAUAGCAGGAGUUUACAUAGACGUUUGUCCACCGUGUCUGCCUGAUUCGGACUCUAACAGAGUGAAUUCUUGUUUGCAGGUGUGCACAUGGAGAAUGCACCUUUUCACCUGUGUGCAGCUCUCCUGCAUUGUGCUUCUCUGGGUAGUGAAAUCCUCUCCAGCAUCGCUAGCCUUCCCCUUCCUCCUCAUCCUGACGGUUCCGCUCAGACGCUUCAUAUUGCCGAGAUUCUUCCAUGAGAGAGAGCUGAAGGCUGUAAGUUCCAAUGUGUAUUUUUUGCUGGUUAGUUAAAUAGUCUAUAAGCUACGUUCCCAUACCCGACGAUUGUUAUAGUGCAGCAGGCUUCUUCUCCAUUUCCAUUUCCUGUUCUUGUUUUUUAUAAAUAUUUUUUAUCUUCAUUCAUGACCCCCUGCCUACAUGUCUGUCUGUCCAUCCAGCUAAAUCACAUUUUGCCUAUCUCUUCUCAUGCUUUUCAUGUUUCAGUUGGAUUCCGAAGAUGUUGAACCAAACUUUGAUGAAGAUGGUCAGGAUGAAUAUAAUGAGUUGCAUAUGCCGGUCUGAGGACUGAUAUCUUAAUAUAUUCUACUCUCCGUCUCUCGUUCCAUUUUGUUAUGGAAUUCCAAGUCUGCCCUACACUUUUUCAUGUCUGUUUGUAUACAGAGGGCCAGAGAUCCUUCAUCCAACAAUCUACUCUUUAACCUACACAUGACUCUUUAUCCUGGGACUGGUCUCCUCUACGACUGUUCUGUAACUCUUGCAACCUGUUACUCAUGUUGAACCUUUUCUGAUUACAUUCUAACUCACGGGUGAAAAUUAGACAAACGGAACAUUAUAGCCAUCAUAACAGGAUGAUCUAAAAGAUAAAAAUGGUCCAGUGUCACAACCUCCAGAUUUCUUCAUACCCUGCCAAAUAUUGGCCCAGCUCGCAGAUAUGUACUUUAAUUAGAAACUGAUUAAAACACCCAGCUGAGAAGGAUGUGGUGGCAAUCCACCGGCACAUGUCUGCCAUCUAAAGGGACUCACAUGUUAAGUCCAACACGUUUAACGGACUUGAAAGAAUUUUCUUGUAAACAUUGUAAUGAUGAAAAAACCCUUAGAAUAUGUAAUCUGAUAAUGUUUUGUAUAGAGAGGUAGGGAUAGGAGACACUAAGAUUUUAUACCAUGGAGGGAAAUUACUUUAGGUGGGAGACCCCUAAUCAAUGCAUUUUUUUUAAUAUAAUUAUGUGAUCUUAAUUUGGGCAUCCACUUAGCAUAGUGUGCCCUCUUUUCCUUGGUUGCCCUCUCCUUCGCUAGUUGUAGAUGAUGCUUGGCUGUAUGCUGACAGACAUGCACGAGCCGGAUAUUGAGCGCUGUAUCCAUGAAAUGUAAGUGAUGAACACUUCCAAGAUUGUCUCAAAAAAGCAUCACCCUCUGAAAAUAAAUCGAUGUCAAGCGAUGACACAGGCAGUGUACCUUCUUAUCACUUUAGUUUUAGAGGAACCCAGUGCAGGAACCAUUUUUAACCGCUUAAGGACACAUGACGUGUGACAUGUCAUGAUUCCCUUUUAUUCCAGAAUUUUGGUCCUUAAGGGGUUAACAUUAUGUAUAUAACAACAGCACUCCGCAAUUUGCAUUGAGACCUUUAAUACUGAUUUCUUCUGUGCUAAAUGCAAUUCCUUUCUUGACUGUUUCAGCAUUGACCCGUUCACAGUAAUGCACAUUCACACAGCGUGUAGUGUUACUGAGAAACCCUGUUUUUGCGUUUAUUUGCUAAUUUAGCAUGAGCCCCAUCUCAGUGUAAGUUAUCCUGUUAUCCCGCUGUAUUUGCACAAAUAAAUGUGUCUGUUGGAGUGUGAUGCUGUGACUGACUGAAGACUCGGAGCUUCCUAUAUCUGCUCUGCUAGCAUUAAAAAAAUGAAAAUAAA